AAGAAUCGAGUUCAGCAACCUUGGACGUCGAUUUGAGGUUAGGAAUUUGUUUUCCUGGUCAUUGGCAGAACUAAGGAAUUGUUUGAUUAUGGCGUACGAUUGGUCAUCAAUUGACAAAAGGAUAACAAAGCAGAUCUUACAGCGGGAUGGAUUUACAAAAAAGCCCACAGAGCGUUCAGUCUGUAGCAUUCUUAUCGAUAAUCUUCAGGUCACUGGUUGUUUUCCGAACGAUUUGGGUAGCAAAGUGCCCAGUGAAAUCUUUGAUGGGGUAUCCUCAAAGACUCUUACACUUGGAGAGGUAAACACGGAUCUUGAUCGACAAGUUGAGAGAGCCAUUUAUACUAUGAUGGAUAACGAGCGUAGUCUGGUUACUAUAACAGUGCCUCAUUUUGAGGAAGGGCAGAAUCAAGAUAUAGUUAUAAAAUUUGAAAUAAUUUUACUUAGUCACAAACCAUAUAAGUCAAUUUGGGAGUGGACUCCAAAAGAGAAAUAUGAGAUUGCACUUAAGCACAAAGAAGUAGGUGUACAGCUGUUUAAAGCAGGCAGUUAUGUCGAUGCUUUUCAUAAGUUUAGUAAGGCUUGUAAAAUUCUUAUAACUUUGGAACCGAUUGAAGAUUUAGAAAUAGAUGAAACAUUGGUUAACGAUAUAAAUACUUUACGUUUGAUGUUGUAUAAUAAUAUGGCUGGGUGUCAACUGACUAAGAAGAAUUUCGAGCAUACGAUUACACUUUGUAAUAAAAUAGUGGCUAAGGAACAAAACAAUGUGAAGGCAUUGUAUAGAAGAGGGACUGCUUACGGUAAUUUGAGGGAUUUUGAAAAAGCUGCAGCUGAUAUGAAACGGGUAGUUGAAUUAGAUUCAAAAAAUUCUGUAGCAAGAGAACAGCUUGCUGGAUACAACGCGGUUCUGCUCGAUGCUAAGAAAAGAUUCGAGGGCAUGGUGCGAAAAAUGUUCAAAACCUAGGUGUGGUACACAGAAUAAUUAAGAUUCAAAUAAAAUAAGGUAUUACGAAGCGAAAAAAAAAAUAGAUUUCUACCGUUUUGACAUAUUCCUAAGAAAUUUGGGUCGUAUAAAUGGAAUAAAGAAACCACACAUUUCUUAUAAAUACAAAAAUAUGCAUUUAUUUCUGCCUAGAAUUUCUUAUAUCAUAAUCAUUAAUUUCCUCUCUAGCUAUGUUCUGCGUGUCGCUGGAUCUCAUGUAAACGAGUUUAUUAUAUAGAUUAGCACUUCACACGAAGUAAAUGAAUCUCUAAAUAAAUUGUGACGAAUAACCCUGGACAAACGUUUUACCUCGACAUGAAGUAACGCGUGUCCUAACGCGUGAAUACACGUACGAUUUUUAUUACAUUCUUCACUGGAAAAGAUGCUUUUCUUCUAGUUGGAUAAUCGUUGUCAUACCGGAUUGCAAUUUAACGAACCACCAAAAAAGUGUUUACAUCUCACGAGGCGAACAGUUACGAGGCUUAAAAAAUUCACAUGGCGUCGCGUAAGCACUUCCAUGUUACACGAUCACAUAACAAUGGCGAUCGGUGUAAUGCAAAUAACUAAGGAUUUCGUCAAUGGCACUUUCGUCGCCGAGUGCCAGCCGACUUGCACUUCGAAGGAACGUUCACGCGAAGCUUAUCUGGACUCGAAUACGAGGAUACAUUUGAGUACAUUGCAUGAGCAGAUUGCCGCGAAAAGAGCUAUCUACUGAUACACUCCUUGCUAAGUGAAGCAAAUCGUAGAAAUCACGUUUGAGCGGAUUACGGCGGACCGCAGCGGUCGAGUUUCGGAAUGACUACAAAACUAUUCAUAGGGAGGUAUCUUAACAAAAUGGCGCCUCCGUUCGAUAACGCGGAGAGAGCACGGCACAUCAUUUAUUAAAGUUCGCACGCGUUCGGUAAACCGAGGACUACCCAAAAUAUAUAAUAAAUACGUCUCUUGACAUUGAGUGCGUAAAGAGCGAGCUGGAUGAACCAGAACCUCUCUAAAGAAUUAAAUCGAAAUUGAGCUUCUCGGCGUGACGUUUAAGAAAAACCAUCUUUUUAAGUCGGCUCGUAAUCGCUGUUCUUCGUAGAUGGCUUCCCUUAAAAUCUAUUGAAUUCCCUUACUCAACGCGCUUACGUAAAUAUUUGAACAACGCAGAGGCCACGGCGUUCCGUUAUCGUUCCUCUUCGAAUUGCUUUAAUUUCCGCGAUGUUGGAGUACCAUUAGUCGCCUAUCGGUUAGUGAAGCUCCCCAUGCUCCGUUACUUUUUACUCUCUCCCUGAUUCAAUUGCCGUUUACACAUGGGCUAUUGCAGUUCCGCGUAUUGCUAACGGUUACUUGUUAAAUGUCUUCAGCUAUUUCGGUAUAAUAUACUCUCGGCUCUAGCCACUUUGCAUGAGUGGAUUACUACUUAACUUCUAGCUACACCCUCGCUGCCCCUAGUUCUCUUAAAACGUAAUAAUAAAAACUCUCCGUG